UCUUCCUUUUCUACCACCACCUACGUUCAAGUUGAAUUCAACAUUGACCGCCGACAAGCGAGCCUCGCGCAGUGCAAAAGGCGCGCACGUAUCGCCGCGUUAUGAAAAAAUGAAUUGGCCCGUCAAUCUCGCGUGUGUUGUCGUGCCCGUAAUCGCGUAAUGCGAACAUCACGUUCAUGGGGUGUCGGGGUGUCGCCUUAGCAUGAGCAUUUCUCAAGACAGCGCCGCUACGAUCGUGUGCAGGGAGGUUUUCGACGAGACAUCUCAUCCGACGAACGAAGAGCUGCUGGAUUAUGCAAAACGUCUGGGAAUUGAUCCCGAUGCGGAACCGCAUCUUCUGGACUUGGCCCGCGAGGGUCUUAUGGCGGCCCUGCCCAAAGGUUGGUCCCCAUGUUUUCAUGAGGCUAGUGGUGCCUGGUAUUAUUAUCAGGCAUCCACGGGCACCACUACCUGGGAACACCCCCUUGACGCAGUUUACAGAGGACUUGUGGAGCAGGCUAGAACCGGCAACAAGAGGCAAAUGAGCCUUGAAGAAGAUUCAAAGACUACAGCAAAGGAUCUUGAAUCUCAUGAGGACGCAACCUUGCCGAAAGAAACUUUAAAAGAAACUGCUACCCUAAAGGAAACUACUAAAGAGACUAAUCAUCCAAAACCUGGCAUGGUGGGCACCAAAAUUCCCAUGAAAUUGGCGCCUCUACGGAAAAUCGAAAAAAUCGACGGCUCGCGUAGAAGGGAUCGUCCCUCGUCUUUCGAUAGGCUUCAAUCAAGAAGAGAAAGUGAUUCGAGAUCUGACAACAUAAUAUCCUUGUCAAGCGAUCGGGCCGCCAGGGAUUACACAAAUUUGAAAUUUCAAGAUCCAAAAUUUUAUGAAUGUCCAAAAUUGCUAGAAAAAACAGAUACGAUUGCGGCAACGACGACAACAACAACGGUACCUACGAAGAAAGAGCUCGACUUGAAGGAAGUAUUAAAGAGAUCCGAAUCGCUGAGUCCGUGGCACGAGAAAGAUUGGGAACAGCUAUCCAGCAAGUUUAGUUCCGAGGAGAACAUAAUUGAUAUCGAUAAACUUAGCGCCAGCACGCUGGCCAGGCCGGAGAAGCCCGAGAAGUUCGACAAAGAAAAGCAUCCAAGCCAGUUAGGCCAACAAAAGGAGUUGACCCUUAGUGGUGGCGGUUCGAUGUUUCUAAAAAGUAACAGGAGCAGGGAUAACACACCUAGUCAAGAUGGCGGUAAAUUAGAGGACUUCCAGGCAUUGAUGAUCUCCGACGAAAUUAAUAAUGCUGCCGGAGAUAGGCUCAAAUCCAUUCUGAGAGAGAAACAAUUGGACGAUGACGAUCGACCACUGGAUGAGGAACGCAAAAGCGUGCGGUUUGACUUGGAAAAGGAGAUCAACUUUAAUUUUACAUAUUCAGAGUCCGAGGACGACUGGGAGUCCGAAUCUGAAGAUAAGAAUCCGCAGAUAUCGGCUGUGAUCAGCAAUAAAAUUACUGGUUCUAUUUUAUCAUCGCGGAAACCAAUUUCGCAAAAUUCCGAAGACAACAAUGACGACAACAAGAACGACUAUCCUGACGAGAAAGAUUGGGAUAAAAUGGAUUCGGAGAUUAACAAGCAGCGUCUGCCUUUGGAGAAGAUCGAGUCCAUGUCGAAAAAUGCAAAGAUAGUUGGUAAGAGAUUCCUCGUGCAAAACGUUUCGGAGAACGAGCAUCAUACUCAGAUGACCAGGAACAGUCUAGAAAUAGACAAUAGUCUCGAUUAUUUGCCUAACAAAUUAAGCGAGAAAGUGAAAAAUAUCGAUUUGGUGUCGAAAAGCGAAACAGAUUGCAGCACUGCAAAAAGCAGUGAUUCCGAUGAGAUACGCAGAACAAGAUCGAUUAUUGAAAAGGCAAGACACGUGACAAACCGCUUAUCAAAUUGGCAACUUGAAGACGAUGAAUCAUCCGAUAUGUCAAAAGUCAGUCACCACUAUGCGCAGAAGGAGCGAUUUGUUAGACCUAAACUAGAAUAUUCUCGAAGUAUUGACGAUAUGAAAGUGAAAAUGAACAGAGAACACGAAAAAGAACUUGAAGCUUUCAAGAUCGAGCUCGAAGUUAAAUUGCAGGAAAAGAAAAAGGAACUUGAAGAAAAUUUUGCGCAGCAAAAGCUCUUAAUACAGCAAUAUUUGGAUCAAAGAUUAGAAGAGGUGAAGCUGGAAAUGGCUCAAAAGGAAGAGCAGGAAAUUCAAGCAUUAAUUGCUGAAAUGGAUCAAGCUAGGAUAGAGAAUUUGAAAAAAGUCCGUACGGAGUUGGAAGCCUGUUAUGAGAAAGAGAGACAAGAAAUAUUGGCAAACUUGAAAACAGAACUUGAUGAGAGAAAAAAAGAGCUUUUGGAGUUAAGAAAUCAGGAGAUGGGCAAGCUGGAGAACGAGCAUGAGCGUGAUCUGGGAGAGGAAAAGCUCGCAAAGCUGAAUGAAUAUGAAUUGAGAAAACAACAGACGGAAAGUAUCGAAAUCCUAAAGAAAGAACUGGAAAAAGAACUCGAAGAUUUACGAAACGAAUUAAGAAUGCAGCAACGAGAGAAAAUUACUAAAUUCACUGAAGAUCACGAACAGUGCCUAGCCGAGAUUCUUCGUGAUUUUAGAAUGGAUGAAGCUCUUGCUCGUAAGAUGUAUAAAGAGCGACUAGAAGAAAUCCGCGCGGAUUUCGCGCGGGAAACAGAGAAGGAGGCAAGGAAGCAGACCGAGCGGGUUCUUCAGGAUAGCAUAGAUUUUGAAAAGAUGCGUUGCGAGAAGCGGCUGCUGCAGGACAAGUAUACGGCGCUCAAAGAGAAGUACAUGAAAUUGAAGAACGAUGUUCGCCUCGCGGUCGAGAGAAGGAGCAGGAGAAAAGAGGGAUAUACCACGGCCUCGGAAACCGAGAGAUCGACAUCCACCAGGACGAAGACGGAUAGGACCGAGUCGUCAGAACAAAAUACUCCGCUGAAGAACGCGAACUCGAGCCCAGUGACAAACGCGAAAUCGCAGGAGGGGCAGAAUACGAGCGAACAAGUCGGAGAGCAAAACGAUCCGGACAAUUCGAGGAGUCAGAGAGCGGCAGCGGGGUUUCAGAAACGCGUAACCGCCGUCGCUGACUCGAAGAGCGCAGCAAAAUUUGAAUCUGACGACACUACCACCGCCAGCGAGACGAACACUAACAUGAUGAUGAUGAAGAAGAAGAAGAGCUUUAGUAAGAAAGUCGCUCCGAGCGCGGGUCGCUCAAACGGUGGCAGUAACAACAAUCCCGUGGAGAACCCCGUGGAGAAUAUCAGGAAGCAGCUAAAGAAGCUGGAAGAUCUCGGCGAUCAAUUGCCGAGCAACGAAACGGCCUAUACAGUGCGAUAUCCUUUCCAAGAUAAAGCGCCGGCGAAUGCCUCUUCGGAGCUGGAAUUCUUCCGACAUCGGAUCCAUGUGGAGAGGGACUCGGUGAGGAGAGCUCGCGAAGCGCUGAGACAACAGAGAAGUGCCUUUCAGGGUAGGCAAAGAGCUUGGAAACAACGGAGCGCGAGGGCCACUCUGGAACAAUUGGUGCAGGAGGAACGCGAGCUUUCUGAUAUGGAGGUGAGUUUGCAUCGCACCAGAAGCCUUCUGGGUGAGAAGGUCAUUCAUCUAAAACACCUGGAACAGUCUUUGGAACGAGUGGCAAACGACAAGCGAAAUGAAAACGACGCGUCUUCCAUAAAAAAUGAUGAACUGACACUGAGCGAUAUGUCGAGUGCCAGCAGCGGUUUCAGCUCGACUGAUUUGGGAACUGAUACUUUUAUAGAUAAGCCAGAUCAUUAUCAAGAAUCUACUGAAAUCAUCGCAAGUUUAGAGAAUUUGAACUCAGAAAUACGAGAGAUUUGGGAUGUCUUGAACAAACGCCAGGAUAGCAGCAACAUACCUCCAACACCGGCUCUUAUGUACUCUUAUUUGCGAUGGUUGCGGUUUCAUCAUCUCACCGCGCAACCUAACAGCAUGCAAGGUGCCUUUGGUACGCCCAAUAUACAAUCCAACAUUUUAUCUCAAUUAACCGUUGCGCAACCUCCUACUACCACGACUCAGAAUAUUAUCGCUCAAUACGGUCCUAAUAGCGGCUUUACCACGAGCGUUGGUACAGUCGAGAGAAACGCUUCGAAUUUGAUGGAAAGGACCAGAAACCUAAGAGAUUGGCUACGCCAAGCUCGUGUCGAAAACACCGACCUGAUCAGUCCAGGUCAAGCAACCCUCUAAAUUAACGUCUCGAAAAAAGUUUCCUCUUUUUUCUAAAUCUCUUUCCUUCUGCAAAAUUAAUCUUUAUUCUCAAUUAAUCGUAUGGCUUUGAAUCAAAUAUUAGUUGAAGAUGUAUAAUAUUAUUUAAUUAGGGAUAAUUAGUUAGCGUAAUAUUUUAUAUAUUUAGAAUAGUUUAUUGUGCAAUGUACUUCUCAAGUUUAUUCAUAUUUUACGUUUUUACGGAUUAUAUAAUUAAGAAUCAAUUGGAAACAAUUUUGCAACCUCUCGUUAGAAAUUGUCAAAUCCUUUUGAAGUGAUAAUCCUGUCCGGCACACGAAUGUCUAUUCCCGAUUUGUACGGAUUUCAAAUUUGCGCUCGCUUGCUGCUCCGAAUCUUGUUUCCUUCGUUAUCGAAUCGAUGAUCAAAAACUAUCAAGAAUAUUGUAUGUAUCAUUGUGCGACAAAUAAUUCACGUGUGAGAGAGAAUAAAGUUGAACGUGAUAAUGUGAUGUAAAUGCAUGUAAUUUCCAAUUAUCAUUUAUAUAUAGCACCAUUCUUUAAUUAUUCGAGCUUCAGACAUGGAUUUAAUUAAUCACUCCUUGAUAAAUUUGAAUCAAUUUGAUCGAUAAAUUCGAUUGAAUUUUUAAAAUUUUAUAGAUUGACAUUACACACACAUACAGACACACGCCACAACACUACAUAAUUCAAAUAAAUUCAAAUUCAAUUUAAAUAAAACGUCUCAAGUGGCGAGUUUCUCGCCUCCUUAAGUUUUUUUAGAACAAAAUAUUGUGAAUAAACAAAGAGUGAAUAUUAUUCUGCACGACA